CAAUGGAGCUUCCAGUGAUAUACUCUGCAACAACUUCUUCAAACCAGUAUCUUUUUCCAUACAACUUUGUCCCAGAAAACCAUGUUAACUGGUCAGAAACUCCAGACUCUCACAUUUAUUCAGCAGACCUCCCUGGUGUAAGAAAAGAGGAGAUAAAAGUGGAAGUUGAGGACUCAAGAUACCUCAUAAUUCGAACUGAGGCCAUUAAUGAGUCAACAGAACCUGCAAGAACCUUCAUGAGGAAGUUUAGGCUUCCUGGUAGAGUAGAUAUUGAUGGAAUAUCAGCUGGAUAUGAAGAUGGAGUUUUGACAGUUACUGUUCCAAGAUCUUUCAGUAGAAGGGGUUUCUGUAUUGACCCAGCAGAUGUGCCUGAACGCCUAGAAACUCUUGCAAGGGCUGCUUAGUUACACUUACAUAUUGCUUAUUAUGUUCUUUAUUAGGUAAUGUAACAUAUGUAUUUUUGCUAAUUCUGUUGUUUCCAUUAAUGGAGUGUUGUAACUAAAUAGACCAAUAUGAUUUACAUAAUUUGAUUAACUAUCUAACAAUUAUACUUGCAUUUCAAGAUAUUUAAAAUAAAAUAGUGUUGAUUGGUGGUGGGACCAUUUUAAUCUGAA